AUGGCGUUCCGCCGCAUCCUAUCCACCGCGGUGCGCCGCCGCUCGGCCGUCGCCGCCGCGGCGGCCGGGAACGCGCGCGAGGCCUCCACGGCCGUCGCCGCGGCGCCCGGCGUGCUCGCCCCCGACGCGACCCCGGUGCGCGCUCCCGUGAUGCCAUAUGACCGCAUCGCCGAGGCCGUCAACGCCAGGCUCCGGCGGCUCGAACACCCGGACCCGCGAUUCCUCCGCUACGCCAGCCCCGUGCCGUCCCACGCCGACCACACGGCCAUCCUUGCGGCGCCGGAGACCCGGGUCACCACGCUGCCCAACGGCCUGCGCGUCGCCACGGAGUCGUCCCUCGCCGCGAGCACGGCUACAGUCGGCGUGUGGAUCGAUGCGGGCAGCAGGUACGAGAACGAGCAGGCGGCCGGCGUCGCGCAUUUUGUCGAGCACAUGCUGUUCAAGGGCACGGGGAAGCGCAGCGCCGCGCAGCUGGAGCAGGAGAUCGAGGACAUGGGUGGCCACCUCAACGCGUACACGUCGCGGGAGCAGACGACCUACUACGCCAAGGUGCUUGACAAGGACGUGCCCCGUGCGAUGGAGGUCCUCGCGGACAUCCUGCAGAACUCUAAUCUCGACCAGAAACGCAUUGAAAGUGAGCGCGAAGUGAUCCUACGAGAGAUGCAGGAGGUUGAGGGACAGUCUGAGGAAGUUAUAUUUGAUCAUCUCCAUGCAACUGCAUUCCAAUAUACAUCUCUUGGCAGACCAAUCCUGGGUUCUGCAGACAAUGUCAAGUCAAUCACCAAAGAGGACCUCGAGAACUACAUUGCAACUCAUUAUACAGCUCCUAGAAUGGUUAUCACUGCUGCAGGUAAUGUUAAACAUGAUGACAUUGUUGAGCAGGCAAAGAAGUUGUUUAAUAAGGUAUCAACUGACCCUACAACGACAAACAUGUUGGUCGCUAAGGAACCAGCCUCUUUUACUGGUUCUGAGGUUCGAAUCAUUGAUGAUGACAUGCCCCUAGCUCAAUUUGCUGUUGCUUUCAAUGGAGCAUCAUGGGUAGAUCCUGAUUCUGUUGCACUGAUGGUUAUGCAAUCAAUGCUUGGUUCAUGGAACAAGAGUGCUGGUGGAGGAAAGCACAUGGGUUCAGAGCUUGUACAGAGGGCAGCAAUCAAUGACAUUGCUGAGAGUGUAAUGGCAUUCAACACAAAUUACAAGGACACUGGUCUUUUUGGUGUCUAUGCUGUUGCUAAGGCUGAUUGCUUGGAUGAUUUGGCUUUUGCAAUUAUGCAUGAGAUGAGCAAAUUAUCAUAUCGGGUUACGGAAGAAGAUGUUAUCCGUGCACGUAAUCAGCUGAAGUCCUCAAUCCAACUCCACCUCGAUGGUUCAACUGCUGUUGUCGAGGACAUUGGCCGUCAGCUGCUGACCUAUGGCCGAAGAAUUCCUACUCCCGAGCUUUUUGCAAGAAUAGAUGCUGUUGAUGCAAGCACUGUGAAGCGUGUUGCAAAUCGCUUCAUCUUUGAUCAGGAUGUUGCUAUUGCUGCAAUGGGACCAAUCCAAGGACUUCCAGACUACAACUGGUUCAGACGCCGGACCUACAUGCUCCGUUACUAG